CCCUCCGAGGUGAGCCCGUAAGAAGUUGGGCUGCUCGCAGUCGGGAGGCAGCGCUCCCGAGAGCAGUCUGAGCGCCCGGAGGCAGCGGCUGCGAGGCUGCCGAAGGGGGAGUGGCGGCGGCGGCGGCGGCUGAGAGGACGCCCGAGAGCCGGCCGAGAGGAAGGAGCGAAGGGGGUGUCCGCACUCCCUGCAAACGGGAGAGAAGGCGGCUUGGGGAGACGUGGACGGUGCCGUGACAAGAGGCUCAGGGCUAGACCUGGUCGCCUCUGUCCCGUCCCGUGCCACGCGUGCCCCCUUUAGCCUGAGGAACCCCUUCCCAGGCUCCACACGUAGCCAGGCAGGCAGGGCUCGGGGUCUCAGCCGCCAAGAUGCCGAUCAUGCUCUUCCUCCUGGACACGUCCGCUUCCAUGAACCAGCGCACGGAGAUGGGGACCACCUAUCUGGACGUAGCAAAAAAUGCCGUGGAGGUUUUUUUGAAGCUCCGCUCGCGGGACCCCAGCAGCCGGGCAGACAGGUACAUGCUGGUCACCUCCGAAGAUCCGCCCUACUGCAUCAAGGCUGGUUGGAAAGAGAGUCAUGCCACAUUCAUGACUGAACUGAAAAACCUUCAUGCUUCUGGACUGACUACUCUUGGCCAGGCUCUGAAAUCUGCAUUCGAUUUGUUAAAUCUGAAUAGAUUGGUGUCUGGAAUAGACAAUUAUGGACAGGGGAGGAAUCCAUUCUUUCUGGAACCGGCUCUUUUAAUUGCCAUAACAGAUGGAAAUAAGUUAACAUGUCCAACUGGUGUUCUAGAUGAGCUUCAUCUCCCUUUGACUUCUCCUCUGCCUGGAAGUGAGCUAACCAAAGAACCUUUCCGCUGGGACCAGAGGUUAUUUGCCCUGGUGUUGCGUAUUCCUGGGACGUACUCGCCUGACCCAGAGCCGCUAGGGAGCAUACCAAUGGAUGACUCUGUUAUUACACAACUGUGUGAAAUUACAGGAGGACGUUCCUAUUGUGUUAGGAGCCCCAAAAUGUUGAGCCAGUGCUUAGAAUCUUUAGUUCAGAAAGUUCAGAUUGGUGUUGUUGUUAACUUUGAAAAAGCAGAAGCAGAGCCUGUUUUGCUUACUGAAGACAUAAAAAGAAAGAAAGAUACACCCUGCGACACCCCAAAGUCACUAACGUCCUCUGACCAACAGCAGUGGCACAGUAGCCGAAAGCUCAUUUAUGUGCGUGCUAACCCUAAAACUGGGGUUCCUGUUGGGCACUGGCCAAUUCCUGAAUCUUUUUGGCCUGACCAAAACUCACCCACACUGCCUCCUCGGACAGCUCACCCUACCAUUCGAUUCCUCUGUGUAGACUGUGAGCCCAUGGUCAUAGACAAACUGCCUUUCGACAAAUAUGAACUUGAAGAUUCUCCAUUAACUCAGCACAUCUUGGAGCGCAAAUCGCCUGUGACUUGUUGGCAGGUAUUUGUGGCUAACAGCGGGAAGCACAGUGACAUGCAGCACCCCUUUGGGUACCUGAAGGCGAGCACCUCUUUAACAUGCGUCAAUCUCUUUGUCCUGCCUUACAACUACCCUGUCUUGCUCCCACUUUUAGAUGAAUUGUUCAAGGUUCACAAGCUUAAUCCAAGCCCAAAGUGGCAACAGGACUUUGAUGAGUACUUAAAAUACAUGCCUUCGUACUUCCUAUCACCAUUAAAGAAAGCACUAAGGAGUAUGGGUGCUUCCAAUGUGGUAAUAGAAAGUGUAGAAUCUGGACUUAGUUACAGCGUCAUCGCCUACCUUAAAAAACUCAACCAACAGAGCAAAGUUGAGGCUGAGAAAAGAAAUGCACUGGUGGGGAAGAAACCUCCGACUGAGACUGGAAUCAAAUUGAAAACUUUCUCCAUAAUUUCUAAUGCUGACUUUCACUCACAUCUUAAGCCUUUGACCUCAGGCAGUGCUCACAUUAGCCUGAUAGAAUUGAAUGGAAAAGAAGAGCCUACUUUUGAAUUAGCAAUCCCAAAGAAGGGUGUAAAGCCUCACCUGUACAAGAAUCCUUUUGAUAUUCCUCGGAGCUGUCUUUUAGACCAGCUAACUAGAAUGAGAGCCAAUCUGCUGAACACAUUUACAAAUGUUGUCGGGCAAAAUGAAGAUUCCUCUCACAGUAUUCCAAUUAUGCAAAUGGGCAACUACCAAGAAUAUUUAAAGACGGCACCUCCUCCACUUCGGGAGAUUGAUUCAGAACAACCAAAGAGACUUCAUGGUUUUGGAAAUCCUUUCAAGCAGGAUAAGAAGGGGAUGAUGAUUGAUGAAGCUGAUGAGUUUAUGACAAGGCCUCAGCACAAAAUGAAGCGUUCUGGAGACCAUCACUCUAUGGGAUCCUCGAGGAAGCGGCGAAGCUUGUCCCCAUCUACAUCAAAGAAGUCACACACCUCCAGUGGAAAGGCAGCAUUGGCAUCGAGGUCAUUUGCAAACCUAUCAAGGUCAUCAGCAUCCCCAUCGAGGUCAUCAUCAUCCCUAUCAAGGUCAUCAGCAUCCCCUUCGAGGUCAUCGUCAUCCUCGUCAAGGUCAUCGGGAUCCUCAUCGAGGCCAUCGGGAUCCUCAUCGAGGUCAUCGGGAUCCCCAUCGAGGUCAUUGGGACCCCCAUCGAGGUCACCAACAUCCCCGACGAGGCCAUUCUCAUCGAGGGCAUUGCUAUCGAGGGCAUACUCAUCAAGGGCAUUCCCAUCGGUGAUAUCAUCGGCAUCAAUGGCAUCAGCAUCACAGGCAUCAGCAUCGGUGACAUUGGCAUCAAUGGCAUCGGUUGCAUCAAUGGCAUCGACAGUAUCGGCAUCAGAGGCAUCAGCGUCGGUCACAUUGGCAUCAAUGGCAUCAGUGGCAUCGACAGUAUCGGCAUCAGAGGCAUCAGCAUCAGUGGCAUUGGCAUCAAUGGCAUCAGUGGCAUCAACAGUAUUGGCAUCAGAGGCAUCAGCGUCAGUGGCAUUGGCAUCGAUGGCUUCAAUGGCAUCAAUGGCAUCGACAGUAUCGGCAUCAGAGGCAUCAGCAUCAGUAGCAUUGGCAUCGAUGGCAUCAGUGGUAUCGACAGUAUCGGCAUCAGAGGCAUCAGCAUCAGUGGCAUUGGCAUCGGUGGCCCCAACAGCAUCAGAGGCAUCAGCAUCGAUGGCAUUGGCAUCGAUGGCAUCGGUGGCAUCAAUGGCAUCGAUGGCAUCAACAUCAGAGGCAUCAACAUCAAUGGCAUUGGCAUCGACAUCAGGAGCAUCAGCAUCGGAGGCACCAUCUGCAUCGACAUCAUCAUCAUCAUCGUCUGCCGGUCUCAAAAGACCCGUCCCAUUAUACAAAGAUGCAAGUAUAGGUCCAGAUGAAAGCGAAGAAAAGUUGGAAGAUGAUCAAUUUCCAGUUAGUUCAUCAUCACAGUCAGUUGAAACUAUGGAUGAAGCUAGCGUUCUGAGAAGUGAUUUGGAUGCUCUGCUCAACGAGUUGAAUAGCUUAAGUGGUGGGUUGGUCUACAGAGCUGGUAACACAGUUGGUAGAGGAUCCGGAAGUUUCAGUCACUCCCCACAUGGCCAAAGAGCAACAGCAGCACCGGCGGCAUCGGCGACGGCGACGGCAACGGCGGCAGCGGCAGCGGCAACGGCAACGGCAACGGCGGCUACAGCAACGGUGGCUACGGCAACGGCAACAGCGACACCAACGGCAACACCAACGGCAACGGCAACGGCAACACCAACAGCAACGGCAUCGACAUCAACAGCCACAACACAGUCAACUUCAGCAUCUGGGGCUAGUUCAUUGGACAACCCACAAGAAGAAAGCGAAGCUAGUUUCAGAGUUCAAAUACUGAAGGAAGUGCAAAAGCCCGGAAGAAGUUUAAAAAAUGAAUUCUAAUCCAGCGCCUUGAGACACCGCUAGAAGACUACAUUCAACAGAUUCCCAACCUAUACCAUUAAUGAUGACCAAGAAGAAGUUAACAACUGAAUUUCCAGAGUAACAACUAAGAAAUGACAGACUUGCCUCUCUCUUCUUAUAAUGAUCAAAUCCAGUUUAUUUCUGCCUUUGCCUGUAAGGCAACUUGAUAACACAAGAGUCUGAGUUCAGCUAUCAUGGCAUUCUAAUUUGACGACUCUUGGCCAGCAGAAGCUGGCAUGUGUAGCCAUAGUAAUUUCCUCCUAGGGAGUGGGGUGGCAUUUUUUUCCUGUGAAGGGUGAAAGCCCCCUUUGGAAGGCUAACAAGUACCUUUGCACAAAGCGGGUGCCGCCUGAACAGACCCAUGGCCUUUCUUUUGAAAGAGCGUCUACCCCACUCUCAGCCACCAUGUAUUCAAAAGUCAUUGACAUUGCCACAGACCUAAUAUCAUGAAAUAUUAUUUGUUGUGCUUUUAAAGUCCUACUUCGAUGUUGGUUGUUUUUACUAGAUCUAUUUGUUCCUCUCCCCACCCAAUUCACCUUCCCUUAGGAAAAAGAUCAUUUAAACAAAACCAACUGAGUUGGACAAUUUAUGCAACAUUCCACCAGACCCCUAAUUCCUCAUUUUACCAAUGGAAAGAGAGAAGUUUAGUUCAGCCGUGCCUUUUAAAUGAUGCAGGUUUCUGGGUAGACUGACCUGGAGAGUAAAUCAACCUGCUAAUUGGGUAUUAAUGAAAAAACAAGGCAGCCCUAGUCCUUUUUCUUAGCACUGGUUGCACCUUCUCUCAUACUUGCUGACACCUUACUUCUCUCCUCCUGGACUCUACUGUAGUCCAGCUGUACUAGCCUAUUUCUUGAUUUUCUCCCAUGCAAUGCCCCAUUUUAGUCAUCUUAGUACUUUGUGCUGGCUUAUCGCCAUGCUCAGAAUGUUUCCUUCACUUCCCCCACUUAGAAUCCUUCAAGAUAUACGGCCCAAACAAAUUUGGCUUCAGGAGACCUUUUUCCGCGCCCCCCCCCCCGCCCCCAGCCCACCAAGGCCCCUGUCCUUUUCCCCUCCCUCCUCCAAGUCUGCCAAAUCCACUCUCUCCUCAACUCCAGCCGCCAGUGUCUUUGCUGCUCAGGUUAUCUUGUACCUAUUCUCUAUGGAUCUUGUAUAUGCCUAUAUGUGUACAUUUUGUCUGUCCCUUUAGAAUGUAAACUCUUUGAGAACAGGGAGAAUUUUCCCUAUUUCUUUGUAUUCCCAGUGCUUAGAACAAUAUCUGACACACAUGUGCUUAAUACAUGUAUCUGGAUCAAUCCCCCCCUGCCAAUCCCUUGAAUAUUCUCUCUCAAACUCUGUUUUGCUUCGUUUACAGAUUUUGUGAAAAAUAGAUUUGAAAUUUCCCAGAUCCCUGACUUCAGCUUUCUUUUCAUCCUUUGAGGAUGACGCUUCUCAAGGCAGACAUGUAUUCACUGUGCUUUAUAAAUGCUAAAAGUUUUUCAUGUUCUACAAGAAAUUAUUUUUGAGCAGUACUGUUAAAAGUCAUUAAUUCUGUGACAAUUGUAUCUGUUUACAAAUAAACUUUGGACUCAACUCAUUUUCU